AUGUCCAAAGGCUCCAAGGAGGGUGCGAAGAAUCAACCGCGUGUCUCUGCGAUUCAGGCGUCGGCGUUGAAGACACUGAAUCUAACACGCCGUCAGCGUCCGUCAACUUUCUUCUACCUUCCUUCGGAACUGCUUCGGGAUCCCCUUGUCUCGGGUGUGCUCGAGCGAGUAACCAGUUUGGCUAUUUCCUCGCCUGUAUGCCAGGACCUCGCAGCCUUCUGGGGGCCUAAAGUGUUUAGAAGACCUUCACUUUAUCCUCAGUACUGGCUAUUACGCAGCUCACAGUUUCCGGUCCAUCGUCGACCUAAACGCCUCCACGCGCUCAAGUUCACCCUCAAGACGAGCAUAUUUCCCGGCUGCAUUGACAUGCAUCAAAAAAAGGAUCGAAACAUUUCUUCUCUCAAUUUCUUCCUCCGUCGUCCACACAAGAGGGGUACAGAGGAGGGGAUCAAGCGAUACCGCACCGCCAUGGUAGAGACCAGCAUGACCCGCGUUGCCGACGCUCGACAUGCUGGUCUCCUGAAUUUCCAUUCCUCUGGCGGGACAUUUGUUCCACUUUCCACUCUCUCCGAUGUGUACAUCGAAUGGGCAGAUGAGAUGAUUGGAUUCGUCCAUACAGAAUACUAG